AUACAUGUGAGUGAAAGGGAAGUUUGUCGUUGUGUCACUGUACUGAGAUUUACCGUCAAUGUUGGAGUUGUGACGUGUAUUUUAACAUACAAAUACGCAAUUUACAUUAAGAAGCGUAACAUAAUAGAGUUGGUGUACACUUAAGCAGUGAGGAAUGUUCAAAACUCUCAACUCUGACAGAUGUUACCCCACAGGCGUCUGAAGUUCUGACAUAAAACAUGGCCACUGCUGAACCAGAAGAUCCGGUAGUAGUACCGGCCCCAGCUGCUGAAGGGCGUCAGUACUUGGUGUAUGAAGGCCCAAGGUCUGAUACAACCUACCCAUUGAAGGUGCUAUAUUGUGGAGAAUGUUCCAUGCCACUGGAGUACUGUGAAUAUUACCCAAACUAUGAGAAAUGCAAGAAGUGGCUGGAGACAAACUUACCGGAUCAUUUUGAAAGGCUGAAAGCAGAUGGUGAUGACGGAGAGACAGGAGAUGCAGAGAAGAAAAGACAGAAGAGAGGAGGGAAGGGGCAGGUGAAAGCAAAGAAGAAGGCAGAACCUCAGGGAGUGAACUUAGGAUACAUCAAGAGGGGAAAGAAAAGGAGCACCGUGAUUACUGGACUCUCCACCUAUGAAAUUGAUCUGAAGGAAGCUAGCCGUUUCUUCUCACAGAAGUUUUCAUGUGGCUCGUCUGUAGUAGCUGAGGAUGAAAUCUCGAUCCAAGGAGAUAAACGGGACGAUCUCUUUGAUAUUCUGUGUGAAAAAUGGCCUCAGAUCGAUGAAGACAGUAUAGAUGAUAUUGGCGAGGUGAAGAAAUGAUGAAGAUAUUUAAAAUAUAUAUCUUUGAAAUUGAAUAAAUUAAAUUAAUUAAGACAAUA